UCUUUUUUUUCCACCCAGAACACAACCAAAAAAGAAAAAAGUUGUUGUGGAGGAUUCACCUCCUAAAGAAGAUCAAUACUUUGACGGUGAGAGAUAUGAAAUAUCAAGUGACGAACUGGAUGAAUGGCUAAGGCAAAACGUUGAUAAAUCUGCUGCAGAGGGGAGAACCAAGCUGACCUGCGAUUGACAGAAGCUCACUAUGUGUCCUCUGAAACAAUAUCGGCUGUGAACUUGGGAAGUGAUGAUCCUUCCUCUCAAGGACGCACAAAACAGAGUAGUGUAAACCAGCCGUCACAGAGCAUGUUGAGUCUGUCUGAUUCGAAUAUGAUGGUUGUGAGGGAACAGACACCGUCGGAAGCGCUUGCAAUAGUCCCGAUUCAGGUUUUUGCGCCGGCAUCCCAAACAACCACUGAGACAAAUUUUGAACCAACCCCUAUGCUACAGAUUGAAGGGACUACAGAAACCACUCCUGAAACCGCUAAACAACUUCAAGAGACCACACCCACGAUUCCCCCAGCUCCAACUAAAAUUUAUCCAGCCGCAGAAGACGCUGCUGCCCUGUUGAUGAUGGCACGGACAGCAACCUAUAUUCCUAAAACAGAUCCAGGGGUGCCAUCAUUCAGCCUUAGAUUGACUGAUUCAAGCCAGGAGGGGGCGUCAACGCAGGAGACAGAAAGGGCAAAAUCUCCUGAAGCUGCAAAUUUGCUAGAACAAUUGGACGAUUUGGUCCAAAAAAUAGCAAGCAGUGCGGCGAAGGGAAAAAACAAAAGUCCACAAAUUCAGAGGGAGACUGGGGGAGAAAGUUCUGCGAAUUUUGAAACUCCUGGGGCAAUAAAUCAGAUUACGGAUGAUAUGAAACAAAAGUGCUACAUCUGGGGGACGAGACUGAAGGAAGACGCAGAUGGCAAUACUAACGAGUAUGAGGAGAUGUGCACUCUCAUUGCCCAACAUGAAUACAUUUUGAUGAGAAUGCACCUUGCAUCCCUCCAGGCAAAAAGUGAUAUAGAAUCUCAGAUUGUAUCUGCCAUCUGCCUCAUCCUCAACCAGAAAAAUGAAAAGAGGUUUCAAGAACAAAUAUACUGUCUCCCCCCCAAUAUUGUGAGCAUGGCACUUUCGGAUCACCCAGAGGGGGAAUUCAUAUCACCGAAAACGAAUAAGGAAUUCAGGGUGGAAGACUACCCGAGUUUUAUUCCCUUCAUAGAUAGAAAAAAAUUAACUUCGCAUCCAUAUAUUUUUGCACCUGUUUGCCACUCGGGGCAUUGGUGGUUAUGGCUGAUAAAUACAACGAAGCGGAAAUGUCAUAUACUUGACCCGCUACACAAAAAAGCUCCAACCGAAGAGAGAAAGCAGAUUAAUAAAUUCACUAGAUAUGUAUUUUCAAGAUUGAGAGCAUAUGCCGGCGGGGAACCUCUGCAGAAAGACGAGAAGGAGAAGGAAAUUAAAGCAUCAUAUGUUAAAAUAUCAGGCCAAAAAACAAGCUAUGACUACGCUAUCUACGUUAUGAAGUGGCUUGAGUUAAUUGAGCCGGAAAACAUUAAAAAGGGGAAGUAUAACUGGGAUAAUUGGAAACAGGAGGAGGUGGACCACUAUAGAGUGGAGUAUGCUUCCCGGAUACUAUUUAGUGAGAUGAAUAAACAGAGAGAUCGGACAAUUAGAGAGAGUAGUGCUAUAAGGCUGUCGAAGCCAUCCUCUGUAUUAUUGAGUCCGUUUUGUCAGAUAAAUUCUGCUGAUAUAGAAACUGCGUAAUCCAACUGCUGGGUAGUUUGUAAAUUCAACAAAUGAUGUAAAUAUUUGCCAUUUAUCAACAACUUCUAUUCCAUGUAUAUUUUUUUCCAUAGU